AUGGCGUACAUGAAGCGACAUUUCAGCGAGUAUCCUGUCGCAAUAUGGCUUAACGCAAGAGAUGAAAUGGCACUGAAGCAGAGCUUUGCUAGAGCAGCGGAGAUGAUUCAGCGCCUGGACCCAUCUUUGUCCUACCUUUCAGCUGCUUUAGAGAGCCGAGAUCUAGAUGAAAUCUGGACAGCGGCCAAACGAUGGCUGGAGGAGCCGAUGAACAAUCGCUGGAUAGUCACUUACGACAAUUACGAUGACCCUCUUUUGGAUAACGGUGCCAUAAUCGGACGGCCCUCACAUAAUCAUCGAACUGACCCAAAGCCAAAGUUUCAAGGCCACGACGAUGGUUUUGAUUUGAAGGCCUUUGACAUUCGCCCCUAUUUUCCUACGGCCAACCAUGGUUCCAUCAUUGUGACUACGCGAUCAUCGGCGGUUAAUUUCGGGCCCUCGAUGAAAAUCGGCAAGCUGAGAGACGCGAAUGAUAGCCUGGAGAUUUUAGCGCAGACUUCAGGCCGCAAGAACUUUAAGGAAGGGCAUGCGGACAGAUUGUUGGAAUAUACGAUCAACAUGGAAGUCGCAGAUGGGACCCCGUGGGCUUUCCAUAGGCUAGGCACCCUCUACUCGGACCAAGGCCGGCUUCGGGAGGCCGAGACCACGUAUAAGCGAGCGCUAGAUGGUUGCGACGCGUGGGACCCUAAGCACACAUUAACGCUCCGCACAAUCAACAACCUAGGCAUCCUAUACACAAACCAAGACCGUCUUCGAGAGGCUGAGGCCAUGUAUAAGCGAGCGCUAGAUGUUUACGAGAAGGCGUUAGGCCCUAACCACACAUUAGCGCUCCGUACAGUAAACAACCUAGGCACCCUCUACGUGGACUAA